AUGGCUCCCCCCCGAAAGCUUGCCUUCACAGGACGGGUCCAGGAGGUGAUAUACGGUUCGGAUGAAACCCCGAGAGUCGGCGUUGCCGUCGUCAACGGCACCGCCUGCGCAGUCGGCUCCGGAAUGAUAGCAUCAAACGAUGUUGUGAUCGUCUUCAAUGCGGACACUUUCGUCCCCAGCGCCGGACAUGCGCCCACAUUCGACCAAACCCGAACCCCAGCCCACCGGGACCCUGCAACCCUAAAUGGCGUUGAAGGCAUCCGUGUCAAGCCUAUCAUCCUAGAUGGAAAGCUCUCUGCAGCCUUUGCACUGAAGACAGACCUAUAUCCAAACAUCCACGGCAAAGUUCGGGCCUUCGCCUCCCGCCAUUCGAUUACCAGCCUCGAUCAGAAAUUCCUAGGUAUUCAAGUCCCUGUGAGCUUGGGCCUCAAAGCUUGGGAGCCGAAGGUUGCAUUCGACAUAGUUUAUGAACGACCCGACUUCAUUCCGAUCAACACUGUACCGGACAUAAAGGCCACUACGGCAUUCUAA